AUGCCAUCCUCAAAAGACCUCCCACCCUCAGCAGUCCCCUUCUUCCCAACCCAAUUCAUCAGAAAUCAAUUCUGCUCCAAACCCAAGUAUCUCCCCUCAGAUACAGAUCUCUCGAACCAAGUCGCCAUCAUAACAGGAUCCAACACUGGUCUGGGCUAUGAAUGCGCCAGACAAUUUCUUUCACACAAGGUCUCCGAGUUAAUCCUAGCUGUCCGCUCCGCCGAAAAGGGCGAAGGCGCAGCAAACAAGCUGCGCAAGAAAUAUCCCAAUGCCACCAUCAAGGUCUGGCAUCUUGACAUGAGUUCUUACGAAUCCGUGAAGGAAUUUGUUGCUCGAGUCGAGAAGGAAUUACAUCGUCUUGACAUCGCAAUUUUGAAUGCAGGAGUCGCCCCUGUGGGUUUCAAAACCGCACCUGAGACUGGCCACGAGGAUUGCGUGCAGGUUAACUACCUCUCGACUAUGCUUCUCAGCAUCCUACUGCUCCCGGUAUUGAAGAGAAUGUCUCCGGAUGGCGUUCCAGGGCGCUUGACUAUUAUCACGUCAAUGCUAUCCAUGAUAGCUAAGUUUGCUAACAAGAAGGAGAUCCCGCUUCUCCCGGCAUUCGAUAAUGAGAAGCUCUUUGAUGCCUACGAUAUCUAUCCGACUUCGAAAUUCCUUUGUCAAAUGUUUUUCUGGAAGCUUUCGGAUUUGGUUUCUGCGGAUGAUGUCGUGAUGAAUCUGGUUGAGCCGGGCUUUAUCAAAGGCACUGAACUCCAACGGGAUUUGAAUGGGGUUGGAAAGAUGGCGUUGGGUCUUUUGAAGGCUGCGUCUGCGCGAAGUGUUCAAGUCGGUGUCUCUACGUAUCUUGAUGCUGUUGUUGCGAAGGGCAAAGAGUCUCAUGGGUGUGUUUUGAUGAAUUGGGAUAUUUUUCCGUAUCCUUCCUUCAUGUACUCGCCAGAGGGUAAGGAGGUCAUGGGUAGACUGUGGGAUGAGACUAUGAAGGAGUUCAGCUCGUUUGAUGUCGAUGCCACUCUUAAGUUCCUGUAG